UUCUUCAUUAUUUUCAUAACUAAAUUGAUAUAAGAAUUGUCUGAUUAAAGAUUUGCUAGGAUUUUGAAAACCUUCAAACAAAUUAUUAUUAUUCAAAUUUAAUUUGUUAGUUUUUUUUUGCCUUCUAGCCUACAUAGGCAACAGUUGCCAAUUGUAUUCAAUUAAUUAAAUUCCCAUAUUCUUGAUUAAUUUUUCAAUCAUAUUUUAAAAUAUUUCGAAAAAAAUUCUAAAAAAUCGUAAUUAAAAUGGAAGAAGUUAAAAGACGCUUGAACAGAGAAGGAAUCAAUACAUCCGUAUUUGCGGAAGAAAAUGUCGAUUUAUCCACAUUUCUUGCAUUGACUCGGGAGGAUUUUAUUGAUCUUAAUUUUUCCAUUAUAAAAACUCGGAAAAUUCUUAUGAUACAAGAGGAAAUUCGUUCUAAAUAUGCAACACCAGCAGCUCCACAAUCCAAAAUUAAUAAAGCGAAUCAUUCACGACCUCAAUCCCAAUCAUUAAGCGAUGUUGUUCAGGACACCAUCAUUACACCUACCACUAUCACCAAUUCAUCGACAAAUUAUUCAAUCGUAACAAUUCCAGCAAUGGGAUGUUCUUCAACGAAUUUUGAUAACCACCAAAUGAUUGAAGGUGAUCGAAAUGUUAAUGAAAUUGAUACUGCCCUUGUCAAUUUGAACGCUAACUCUGAUGCUCACUCGUCCCAAGGUGAAAUGGUUCAAGUUGAAAUCCAUAAUCAACAUGAUUAUAAUUCUCCCGUACCGAAUGAAAUACGACAACAAAAUUUGUCGCUUAUUAGCCUAUCUAAACGACACAGUGAAGCAUUUCGAUUAAUAGAAAAUCUAGAUUUUCGUUCAUUAUUAGCACAAGAUGAUCAGGGUGCAAUACUUCUUGAAGUAUUGGACCGAGGUGAUUAUCUGGAUAAAAGACUGCCAGGCACACUUGUGAAAGUAAUCGCUGUUGUUGCUGAUGAAUUUAUUUAUCGAAAUUUCGGAUUACGAUAUCCAUACGAGGUCGGUGAACAAGUUGUGGAAAGAAUUUAUGAAUCCAUAGGUCAUAGAUGUAAUCUUGGAGAAAAGAAAGAAUGGUUUGGACUUCGUAAAAAUAAUAAUCGUGUCGGAAGAAUUCAUAGUAGAAAUGAGAAGAGAAAACGUUUAAACCGAGAGUACAACACAUCAUUAAGUAUGGAAACAUCAUUUAUACGAUUCAAAAAUCCCAAAAACCUGAAAAGAAUGUUGAACGUAUAAAAAUGGCAGAAUAUUCACAUUAUAUAGAAUAUUCCAUCGGAGUUGAUUCCAAUUGGAACUGUACACACACCAUAAUGAGUAGCUAU